GUCGAGAACGCGGUGCUGCUGGGAGCGCCCGUGUCCGCGACGCCCGCGCGGUGGCGCAAGGCGCGGGCCGCCGUCGCCGGGCGCCUCAUCAACGGCUUCUCGCGCCACGACUUCAUGCUCAAGCUCGUCUACCGCGCCAAGGCCUGGUCCAUCGCGGGCGUCGCGGGCGAGCGGCCCGUGCGGAGCCCGGAGCGCGCGACGCGCGGCGACGACGACCCCAUCGUCGAGAACGUCGACCUCUCGGACCUCGUCGCGGGCCACCUCGCCUACCCGCACGUCAUGCACCAGAUCCUCGUCAGGCUCGGCCUC